GUGAAACGCCUGAUCAGGCGCUCUUGUGAAUUGUGCCGCCGCGCCAACCAGAUCAGAUCGACAUCAAUAUGGAGUCGCAUUCGGCCCUGAACUCGAGCAAGCUGUUAUCCGUUGUGUCUUUGACUGGCGUAGCAUGGCUUGCUGGACUAUGGGUUGCAUACCGGACCGCCAUUGCCUUUUACAACAUCUCGCCAUUCCACCCACUCUCUCGAUUCCCCGGCCCUAAGAUCGCUGCAGCAUCCUAUCUGUAUGAAGCCUACUACGACUGGUGGCUCGUUGGACGAUAUGGUAAGGUCAUUGCUCGCAUGCACGAACAGUACGGCCCCAUUGUCAGAAUCAAUCCGGAUGAGCUUCAUUGCUCGGACCCUGCUUUCACCGACGAGAUUUAUGCCGGCCCUGGACGUGUUCGUGAUAAGUGGCAGCACCAGCUUAACACUGGCGGUGCUGGACCUGUCUCAGUGACUGGAUUUAGUACAGUCUCGCACGACCUACACCGCGCACGCAAGGCUCCUCUGUCAAAGUUCUUCUCUCGCCAGCAGAUGCUGAAGUUGGAGGGUGAAGUGCACGACUUUGCCCAGCAGACCGCCAAUAAGAUGCUGACUUUCGCCGGAAAGGGAGCUUUCGACGUUAAGGAGGCAUACAAUUGCUUCACUGCAGAUGUCAUAUCCCAGUACGCAUUUGGAGAGCCUAUGGGUUUCAUCGCUCAGGAGGGCUGGGAACCAAACUUCGCAACCUGGGUCAAGUCCUUCUUCAAGAGCGCAUACAUGAUGAGGCACAACGCACUCGGCAGGAAAAUGGCCCAGGUCAUGCCGCUAUUGGCGGACUACCUCGGCGAAGACAUCAAAUCCGUAAUGAGGCAGAUGAACGUCGUCAUCCCCGGUUACAUUCAGCAGGCAGUAAACAAUCCUGAAAACGGACGUGUAUUUGCCGAUCUUGUAGAGUCGAAGGCACGACCAGAGAAUGAGACUAGGGAGGAGACUAUGUUUCGCCUCAACGGCGAGGGCUUCAACUUCCUGCUCGCCGGAACCGAGACUACUGCUGCCAUCCUUACUGUCUUUACAUACUGGGUGCUGGCUAAGCCAGAAGUCUACGCGCGUCUGAUGCAGGAUCUCCAGGGUCUGAACGGUCAAAACAUCAAGUGGGUCGAGCUCGAGAAACGUCCUUACUUCUGGGCCAUUCUCCAAGAAUGUCUCCGAAUGAUGCCCGGCGUUUCUCAUAGGUCUGCACGAGCUGCACCCCAGGAAGAGCUCGUAUACAAGAGCCAAGAUGGUAAAACGGAGUUCGUGAUCCCAAGGAACACCCCUAUCGGCAUGACCUCCAUGAUCAACCACUGGAACAAGGACCUCUUUCCUAACCCUAACGAGUUCACUCCUGAGAGGUGGCUCGCUAAUGGUCAGCCAAACUAUCAGCUUCAGAAGAAGCUCAUUUCUUUUGGUAAAGGCAGCCGCUCGUGUAUCGGCGAGAACUUGGCUUAUUGCGAGCUGUAUAUCAUGGCCGCCCUUGUCGCAAUCUACGUCGUCCCAAGGUCCAAGCUAGUGGAAACAACCGUGGAGGACAUCUCGUAUGACCACGACCUCAUUGUUGUACAGACCAAGAAGGGAUCUAUCUCUGUUCGUAUUGCGAUCGAGUAGUUCAGAAUCAACGAAUGCCAAUUGUAGCUUCCAUCAUCAAUUGAUGCAUGUCAACCCUC